AAUUAAUUAAGAAACUUGUGAGAGACGAUCCUACUUUAUUCCAGAAAUCCUUUUGGCAUAUUCUGUUGGGUAUCUCUCUUCAAGGCUCUCAAAUUCUCAAUAUGAAUUAUGAACUACUUGGAAGUGGAUCCUCCACGCGCCGCCUGCUAACUCUGCAAUGGCUUAGAGUUUCGGAAAUGGUGCGAACGGCGAGAUUUUGAAUUAUGUUCUGGAUUGAGUUGCUUCGGUUCGCCGGAGUCCUCCUCGUGCCGUAUUCUGGGACUUCGUUUGGUUUGGCCAUACAUGAAAAUUUCAGAGACUGUGCAGUCACAAGGUUAAGCCCUUCUCUCGACGUGGCUGUUUCCUCUUUCGAAUGGUAUUCAAGAUUCGUUUGUUUCCAGAAGUGUCUCCGUAGCGAAAGAUCAAACUGUCUUGGAAGCGCAUUGAAAUCAUUAGUAUGAUGAUAGUUUUAUUCAGCCAAUCUUUUGAACUUUUCGCCUUUCACAAGUGAACGAUGAAUUCUGCUGUUCUUCUAUAGAAAGUAUUACUUCCAAUCCUUGCGCUUGGUCUAUGUCAAGUGGCAUUGAAGGUGAAAAGGGAAUGUAACGGAUUUUCCGGGCUGUUGAUUCCAUGAAUAAUAAUUGCUGACAUAGCUCUCUUGAUGUAAUCAAGGAACAUGCGGCUUCUCCAUUCUAGAUCAAGCGGCUGGAUAUAUGUAGUGGAUUGGUUAUUUCUUUUGGUGCCAUUGACUAACAUUAAUUAACGUCCUUAUGUGGAAAAUUUCUGUUUGAGAGCUGAUAAACUUGGCUAUAAAAGCUUCAUGUUUGGGCAAAUUUCCUUUGGCAUUAGAAAUUGGGCUUCGCAAGUAGUUGAAUAUUUAUGUUAAUAUUUCUGCAUUUAUAAUUAUUCUGAAGAUUUUUCCUGCUUGGGCAAAUCUCCUUUGGCAAAUAGAUUCUUAUGGUUGAUGCAGUCGACCUGAAAAUUGAGACAAAUCUGCUUUGUCAUCAUCUGUCUUUGUUCCAGAACGAUACAAAGAAGUCUUUAUUUGGCAGUUUCACUGCUUCUUGAUUCUUCAACAGUCCUGGAAAAUAUUUCUCAGAAGUUUCCUUUGGCUGAAACUUCAGUCCAUUAUUGGGCAAAUCUCCUUUGGCAUUUGGGUCCUCGUCGACUCCUAUUAUCCCUUUGCAAAUAUUAUUUGCAAUUUGAAUCUCUAGUUCUGUCAGUCAAGAUAGUAUAGACAAUUGUCACAAUCAUCUAUCUUUUUUGCUUCGACUUCAAACUUCGGUUAGUUGUGCAACACAAAUCAGUUUACUUUUAUAUCGUGCCCAGGAGUUGGAAGAACUACUAAAAGAAAUGCAAAGUGAAUGGAAUGGGUGCUCUCCUUGAAGUUAUGAAUUACUCAAAGAAGUACUGUUGCUAACAAGCUUAAGCAAAAAUACAAGAAAAAAUUCAAAUUCUGUUUUUAGCAACUGAGAAAUCCUAUUGAUGGACCUGUUCCUUAGUGACUCGGAUUGGGAGAAUUCCAGUGAGUGUGAUAGCAGUGAUGACCCAGAGGAAGCUGAAUAUUUUUAUCACGGCCAGACUAGUUGCAUUUUAUCAAGCUUAGAGGAGACAAUUGGGAAAAUUGAUGAGUUCCUUUCCUUUGAGAGGGAAUUCAUGCUUGGAGAUGUAGUCUGUUCUGUGAAUGACCCAUUUGGACAGAUGGGAAAGGUGGUUGGAAUUGACAUGCUUGUUGAUUUGGAGAAAAAUCAUGGACCCUUCAUCAAAGAUGUAAAUUCUAAAGAUCUUUUAAAAAUUCGUUCCAUUUCUGUUGGAGAUGUUGUUGUUCACGGGUCAUGGAUUGGAAGAGUUGAUAAGGUUAUUGAUUCUGUCAGUGUUCUUUUUGAUGAUGGGACAAAGUGUGAAAUCAUUGCUGUGGACCAAGAGAAGCUCUUGUCCAUAUCUGUUGAUGCACUUGAUGAUCCACAGUACCCUUAUUACCCUGGACAAAGGGUAAGGCUCUCGAAUGUUUCCAAAUCACCAAGAUGGUUAUCUGGUUGGAAGGAUGACCGAUGUGAAGGAACAGUCUGUUCUGUGGAAGCAGGACUAGUGUAUGUUGAUUGGCUUGCCUCGGUUCUGAUGGGUUGUAGUUCAAGUUUACCUGCUCCGCAACGGAUGCAGCAUGCAAAAAAAUUGACCUUGUUGUCAUGCUUUCCACAUGCAAAUUGGCAUCUUGGUGACUGGUGUAUUUUUCCAGUGGAUGAAAAAGGCGAUUAUCUUGGAGAAAAGUUCACUACCACACAUGACCUCAUGAAUGGUGGAUAUUGUGGUACAGGCUUUCAGGAAAUAUCUAUUAUCGUGAAGAAGAAAACUAAAGUUGAUGUGCUAUGGCAGGAUGGUAGCCGCUCCUCAGAAUUAGAUUCCCAUUGUUUAGCUCCAGCAAAUGCUAUGAAUGCUCACGAAUUUUGGCCUCAACAGUUAGUUAUGGAGAAGGGCACUUGUAAUGAUCCAAGCAUAUCUAUAGCUGAGAGAUGGGGUGUCGUGCGGGCGGUUGAUGCAAAGGAACGAACUGUGAAGGUUCAAUGGAGAACCAGUGAUUUGACUGAAGGUAAUGAUCUGGAUAUACUGUUGGUGGAGGAAACAAUGAGUGCUUAUGAAUUGGUUGAGCACCCAGAUUAUUCCUUCUCUCUUGGAGAUAUUGUGUUUAGGUUGGCAUUGGAUAAGUUUGGUGGUCAAUCUGAUGAACAUAAUACAAAUUAUGAAAUUUCCAUGAGUGAGGAGUCCGCUCAGAAUGGGGAGAAUCGCGUCAUCGAUAAUACCAUGAAUAUGGACAAUUUCCUAUCUUUUAUUGGUAAUGUUAUAGGCUUUAAAGAUGGCGUCAUGGAGGUCAGAUGGGCUAAUUGUUCUACAAGCAAGGUUUUGCCUCAAGAGAUUUUCCCCAUUGAUAAGUAUGAAGUUUCUACACUUGCUGUACCUAAUGGUGAAAAUGUUGAGGAGUUGAGACAAGACCAGAUUGAGCAUUUGAAACCAUAUAAUAUUCAAAAAGGAAAGGAUAUGCCAAAUUGUGAUGGUGCUGGUAAAAACUUCAAAAGGGAUACUACUUGCUUCUUUUCUCGAGCUGCCAUUGAAUUUUUCUCAAGCAUUUUUACAACCUUGUUUGGAUCAGUUCGAUCAACAAUCCUGUCAGGCACUUUUACAGCCCUACAAUCGUUUGAAGGUGGAGAUGAGAUUGGUUUACUCAAUGAGAAAGAAGAGCUGCAAACUUGCUGCCAGUCCACUGAGCUGUCGCAAAUAGCUAAAUUACAAGAUUUUGGUGAGACAAGUUUCAAAAUAGAAGAAAAUCAUAAGAAUGAAGAUUUUACGCUUUCAACCUCAAGUGAGAACUACGAUCUAUUUACACAAUUUGAUAUGGCCAGUGACUGCCCAGAUCAUCAUUUUCUUUCAUCAGGAAACGGAUCCCUGCUCUCUCAGGCAAGAAGAGGUUGGCUAAAGAAGGUGCAACAAGAAUGGAGCAUUCUUAAAAAUAAUCUCCCUGAAACUAUCUAUGUUCGUGUCUUUGAGGAGAGGAUGGAUCUUAUUCGAGCCGUCAUUAUUGGUGCACCUGGAACACCAUAUCACGAUGGACUUUUCUUUUUUGACAUUUAUCUUCCUCCAGAGUACCCUCAAAUACCACCUCUAGUGCACUACAUUUCUGGUGGGCUCCGUGUCAACCCUAACUUGUACGAAUCUGGCAAGGUAUGUUUGAGUCUGCUAAACACUUGGACUGGCAGCGGUUCUGAAGUGUGGAAUCCCGUGAGCUCUACUAUACUUCAAGUUCUUCUUUCCCUUCAGGCUCUCGUGCUUAACGAGAAGCCGUAUUAUAACGAGGCAGGAUAUGAUGCACAAUUAGGAAGAGCUGAGGGAGAAAAAAACUCCGACAGCUACAAUGAAAAUGCAUUUCUUGUCACCUGCAAAUCUAUGAUGUACUUGCUAAGCAAGCCGCCUAAGCAUUUUGAAGCACUUGUGGAGGAACACUUCAGGAGACGUUAUCAACACAUUCUAGCAGCUUGUAUAGCAUACAUGGAAGGAACUCCGGUAGGUAGUGAUUAUCACUGUGGAGCAACAAAGCUCGAAUAUCCAAACCAAAGUUCUACUGGGUUCAAAAUCAUGCUUGCUAAGAUCUUCCCGAAGCUUGUCGAGACAUUUUCGAGUAAGGGAAUCGACUGCAGCCAAUUUAUCAGGGCUGAAAAUGUUCUGAUUGUGUAGUUUUCACGCAUAUAAGUAUCUAAAACCAUCCUACCCAGUGAAUGAAUCUAAAUAAAACCACUGUGUGCCAUGUGAAAUAUUGGUCUGUCUUCUAUUUGUUGCAAACUUGCACCAUUGGUGAAGCUUGUGGUGCUCUAUGUAGAUAAUUUAUAGCUUGCAGACAGUCUAUGAAAUAAGAAAUAGUACUUUGAUUGGUGUGAUAA